AAAUAGAAACACAGUCACACUCACACACCCUCUCUCGUCUUUCUCUCCUGUCACAGUCUCACUAACCCCGCAAACCCCCCCCCCCCAUCCCCACCCCCCCGUUCUCUUCUCCCCCACUGAAACCCCCCCAACUCCCCGCCGCUCCUCGAUCUGAAUAAUCGCGGCGAAGUGUCGACGCUUCACCGCAACGCUCUCUUCUUUCUCCCCCACUUGGCGCUUUCUUUCAUCUCCAACACAGUUAGUAUACUGCAUAUGCCUAUACUAUCUAGGUCUCAUAUGCUCUACCAAACACGGCCUAACUGUAUGUUUAUGUAAUCGAAGUAGACAAAUUCUCAGAGAGAGAGAGAGAGAGGAGGCGAGAAUGGAGGAGGAGAAGAGCAACGACAACAUCGGCGAAGAAGAAAUUCUAGGUUCGAGUUUGACUAUGGAGAAAGUGGCAGCAGCUAAAAAGUACAUCGAGAAUCACUACAAAAAUCAGAUGAAAAGCAUACAGGAGCGGAAAGAGAGGAGGUGGAUACUGGAAAGGAAGUUGGCCUCUUCAGAUGUGCCCAAAGAGGAACGAAUAAGUUUGAUCAAAGAUUUGGAAAGGAAAGAGACUGAGUUCAUGAGAUUGAGAAGGAACAAGAUAUGUGUAGAUGAUUUUGAGCUUCUUACUAUCAUUGGACGUGGAGCCUUUGGAGAGGUACGACUAUGCCGGGAGAAAAAAUCUGGGAAUAUUUAUGCCAUGAAGAAGUUGAAGAAAUCUGAAAUGGUCUCAAGAGGACAGGUGGAACAUGUAAGAGCAGAAAGGAACCUAUUGGCAGAAGUGGGCAGCCAUUGUAUAGUUAAAUUGUACUACUCUUUUCAAGAUCCCGAGUAUUUAUAUCUUAUCAUGGAAUAUCUCCCUGGCGGUGACAUGAUGACUCUGUUGAUGAGAGAAGAUACAUUGUCUGAAAAUGUGGCUAAAUUUUACAUUGCUCAAAGUGUGCUGGCAAUUGAAUCAAUUCACAAACAUAAUUAUAUUCACAGGGAUAUAAAACCAGACAACCUUCUUCUUGAUAAGAAUGGCCACAUGAAGCUAUCAGAUUUUGGUCUAUGCAAGCCCCUUGAUUGUAGGACUUUAUCCACGGUGAACGAGAACGAAGAAUUGGAUGAUGAAAACAUAAGGGAACCAAUGGACAUUGAUGGCCGUUUUCCUGAUGCUGCGAAUGUUAGUAGUUGGAGAAGCCCUCGCGAACAACUUCAGCACUGGCAGAUGAACAGAAGAAAGUUGGCAUUUUCAACUGUUGGUACACCUGACUAUAUUGCUCCAGAAGUGCUGUUGAAGAAAGGAUAUAGCAUGGAGUGCGACUGGUGGUCACUGGGUGCAAUCAUGUAUGAGAUGCUCGUUGGCUAUCCUCCGUUUUAUGCGGAUGAUCCUAUGACGACUUGCCGGAAGAUUGUUCAUUGGAAAAAUCACCUGAGAUUUCCUGAAGAUACCAAAAUCAGCCCUGAGGCAAAAGAUCUCAUAUGCAGGUUACUCUGUGACGUAGAACAUAGACUUGGGACAGGAGGUGCAGCUCAGAUAAAGGCUCACCCUUGGUUCGUCGAUGUUGAUUGGGAUAAAUUAUAUGACAUGGAAGCAGCAUUUAAACCAGAGGUCAACGGGGAGCUGGACACCAGGAAUUUUAUGAAGUUCGAUGAACUGGAUCCUCCAACGCCGUCAAAGUCUGGCUCAGGACCCUCAAGAAAGAUGCAUCUUACGCCAAAAGAUUUGAGCUUUGUGGGCUACACUUACAAGAACUUUGAUGCUAUCAAGGAGGCACUGCGCAAUAAAUCAGACACUGCAGAUGAGACGAGGAGUACAUCCCCGACAUCAGUCGACUCAACGCACGGCGAAUUCAAGGAGAUGACAGAGGAAACAGAUGUCCGGAUGAACUCAUCAACGGAUGAUGUAAUGUCUCCAUAGUUACAAGAAUGGAAACAUUGCGGAGGGAGGAUGGCGGCGUACGCCUGUAUAUUUGUAGGUUCGUCGUCGUUGUCGGCUCAUGCUCAGCAGAAGCAUCACUUAGUGUCUGCGGUAUUGGUUGUACAGUAUGGUUGGGUGCCUCGUAUCUCUAGAGAUGCUUGUAAUAGAAAAAUUAUUAGUUGUCGCCUGGCUGCCCAGGUUGGUAGGGAGACCUGCUUUCUCUUGUGGCAGCUUCUGGUUUUAGACAAAUUUAUUGCAUCUCUAAUUACUCGGACAUCAUCAUUGUAAUGACGUUUUUCGCAGAGGAUAAUAAACUGACGGAUGCAUUGCUGCU